GUGGGCGCUGCUGGAGGAGGGGCCGUGCCGCAGGGCAGAGGUGGCCCCGCCGUGGGUGCGCAGGUCGUGACUCACUCCAGGUCCGGAGGCGGAGGCCCGCGGAGCCACUCGGUGGGACCGGACUGUGGGGCGGGGCCGUCGUCCGCGAGUCAAGUUGAGCCACCUGAGCAGGAGCCGGAGGACGCCGUCGGCGCCGCUGUCCGAGUUGGGCGCUCCGCGAUGGGUCGGGGUAGCCGGCCGGCCGGCCCGCUGGGCGCGCUGCCGCCCCGGUCGCCACUGUUGCUCCUGCUGGUGCUGCUGCUGCCGCCGCCCCCGGCACGGGCGCUCAGCCCCCGGAUCAGCCUGCCGCUGGGCUCUGAAGAGCGGCCAUUCCUCAGAUUUGAAGCUGAAAAUAUCUCCAACUACACAGCCCUUCUGCUGAGCAGUGAUGGCAAGACUCUGUAUGUGGGUGCCCGAGAGGCCCUCUUUGCACUCAAUACUAACCUCAGCUUCCUGCCAGGAGGGGAGUACCAGGAGCUGCUGUGGAGUGCAGAUGCAGAGAGGAAACAGCAGUGCAGCUUCAAGGGCAAGGACCCGCAGCGCGACUGUCAGAACUACAUCAAGAUCCUCCUGCCACUCAACAGCAGCCACCUGUACACCUGCGGCACAGCCGCCUUCAGCCCUAUGUGCACCUACAUUAAUGUGGAGAACUUCACUCUGGCACAAGAUAAAGUGGGGAAUGUCCUCCUGGAAGAUGGCAAGGGCCGUUGUCCCUUUGACCCCAAUUUCAAAUCCACAGCCCUGGUGGUUGAUGGUGAGCUCUACACUGGAACAGUCAGCAGUUUCCAGGGCAAUGACCCGGCCAUCUCCCGGAGCCAAAGCCUCCGCCCUACCAAGACUGAGAGCUCCCUCAACUGGCUACAAGACCCAGCCUUUGUUGCCUCAGCCUAUGUUCCGGAAAGCCUGGGCAGCUUGCAAGGUGACGAUGACAAGAUCUACUUUUUCUUCAGUGAGACUGGACAGGAGUUUGAGUUCUUUGAGAAUACCAUUGUGUCCCGCAUUGCACGCAUCUGCAAGGGUGAUGAGGGUGGUGAACGGGUGCUGCAGCAGCGCUGGACGUCCUUUCUUAAGGCCCAGCUGCUGUGCUCCCGGCCCGACGACGGCUUCCCAUUCAACGUGCUGCAGGACGUCUUCACGCUCAGCCCCAGCCCCCAGGACUGGCGCAACACGCUUUUCUACGGGGUCUUCACUUCCCAGUGGCACAGGGGCACUACAGAGGGCUCUGCUGUCUGUGUCUUCACUAUGAAAGAUGUGCAGAAGGUCUUUGACGGCCUCUACAAGGAGGUGAACCGUGAGACACAGCAGUGGUACACUGUGACCCAGCUGGUGCCCACGCCUCGGCCUGGAGCGUGCAUCACCAACAGUGCCCGGGAAAGGAAGAUCAACUCGUCCCUGCAGCUCCCAGACCGAGUGCUGAACUUCCUCAAGGACCACUUCCUGAUGGAUGGGCAGGUCCGCAGCCACCUGCUGCUGCUUCAGCCCCAGGCCCGCUACCAGCGUGUGGCUGUACACCACGUCCCUGGCCUUCACCAUACCUACGAUGUCCUCUUCCUGGGCACAGGUGAUGGCCGGCUACACAAGGCGGUGGACGUAGGCUCCAGGGUGCACAUCAUCGAGGAGCUCCAGAUCUUCUCACCAGAACAGCCUGUGCAAAAUCUGCUUCUGGACACCCACAGGGGGCUGCUGUAUGCUGCCUCAUACUCGGGUGUAGUCCAGGUGCCUGUGGCCAACUGCAGCCUGUACCACAGCUGUGGGGACUGUCUCCUUGCCCGGGACCCCUACUGUGCAUGGAGUGGCUCCAGCUGCCAGCAUAUCAGCCUCUACCAGCCUGAGCUGGCCUCCAGGCCAUGGAUCCAGGACAUCGAGGGAGCCAAUACCAAGGAUCUCUGCAACACUUCCUGGGACAGGCCCCAGUCUAUUGUACCAACAGGCGAGAAGCCAUGUGAGCAAGUCCAGUUCCAGCCCAACACAGUGAACACCUUGGCCUGCCCUCUCCUCUCCAACCUGGCGACCCGGCUCUGGCUGCACAACGGGUCCCCUGUCAAUGCCUCGGCCUCCUGCCGUGUGUUGCCCACUGGAGACCUACUGCUGGUGGGCAGCCAGCAGGGGCUGGGGGUGUUCCAGUGCUGGUCGCUAGAGGAGGGCUUCCAGCAGCUGGUGGCCAGCUACUGCCCAGAGGUGAUGGACGACAGGGCGGCGGACCGAACAAACGGGGUCGGCAGCAUGCCUGUCAUCACGUCAGGUGUGAGUGCGCCAGCUGGUGCCAAAGCCAGCUGGGGUGUGGACAAGUCCUACUGGAACGAGUUCCUGGUGAUGUGCAUCCUCUUUGUGCUCGCUGUGGUGCUUCUGGUUUUAUUCUUCCUCUACCGGCACCGGGACGGCAUGAAAGUCUUCCUGAAGCAGGGAGAGUGUGCUAGUGUGCACCCCAAGACCCGCCCUGUGGUGCUGCCGCCUGAGAUCCGGCCGCUGAAUGGUGUAGGCCCUCCUACCUCCCCACUCGACCACCGAGGCUACCAGACGCUGUCAGAUAGCUCUCCCAAGCCCCGGGUCUUCACCGAGUCAGAGAAGAGGCCACUUAGCAUCCAAGACAGCUUUGUGGAGGUGUCCCCAGUGUGUCCCCGGCCGCGGGUCCGCCUGGGCUCUGAGAUUCGUGACUCUGUGGUAUGAGAGCUGACUACUAGAGGAGGCCACCCUGGCUUCAGGAGCCAUGAAUGCUCAGAGGGGGUGGCUACACCUCCACUUCUCCUGGAACACAGCCCCGGUGCCUAGCCCUCAGGAGCUUUGGGGCCAGCUGGCCUACUGCUCUUCAGCCAAGUAGUGAGGCCCCACAAACCAGACAGCCAUGGCCCUGAAGGUCCUGCCUGAAGACGGGGCCUGCCCAGUGGGCAGAACAAUGCUCCUGAUGUAAACUGAGCCCUUUGUUUAAGAAACAAUAGAAAAUGUGAAACCAGACAGAGAGGGAGAGAGACAACACGCAAUGGCACGCACGUGGCCACUCCAGUUCACAGCCUCCUGGCCCCCGGGGGUGUUGGAGACUCAUCCAAAAUGGUUGUUUGAGGGCCGACGCCAUGGCGCACUCGGGAGAGUGCGGCGCUGGGAGCGCAGCAGUGCUCCCGCCAC